AAUAUUAUCAUUCUAUCACCUGUAUCAACAAUACUUCACUUCACUAUACUUCUCACGUAUGUGACGCGGAUAUACGGAAAAUUUAAGUAAUUUCACCUGGGGAAGCGCAGCGAGCAAAAUAUUAAUUUCCAUCGAUCAACUAUAAAAUGCUAGUUGCCAUUCAUGGCUUCAGACUUGCGCUUGGCUAAUUUAAUCGUUGUGCUAUCAGUAUCUUUGGCGCGGGGUAGCGUUUUGAAAUUCAAAGAUGAAUAUUUGGUGGUGGAUCAUCAUGCUGUUCCACGUGCAGCUUCAACCGCAGACGAUUACGGUAACUGCAAUUCGGAUUUUGCACCGGUACCGUUCCCAAUUUUCUCCGCUGAACCAAUGGCGCAAGCACAGUGUCGACUGCAGUUCACCGAUAACUGCCGCUCGCGAGAAACCCUAGCCAGUAACUGUCCUGAUAGUCCGGUAUUACAAAUCAGCUGCGACAACAACGCCACAUCUGCCGAAAUUCAACAAAUGGCGAUGGCUUUUACUGGGCGUCCUUUGCGCCCUGUAUGGAUUAGCCUCGUUGACGGCGAUCAAGUGACCUUUGACAAUUUUGCUCCGGUUCGACAGCAGGUGCUCCUGUUUACGUUGUCCAAUUGUACAUCCGUUCGCUCCACCGGCAGACUGUCCUCCUUACUCUUAUCCAAUUUGCUGGAUUUGUACGUAGAAAACUGCUACAAUCUAAAAAUCCGCCGAGCGGACUUUUGGCCAUCACCGAAACUGCGUCUAAUAACAUUCGCCAACACCACCAUUCAAUCGCUGGAAAGAUUUACCUUCACCGAUCUUCCCGCUUUGCGGUUGCUGUCACUGGAAGCCGGGUUGGCGCAGAUGCAGACAUUCAGUAGCGAAAUUCGCGCGUUCCUGAAAGAGCUGCACUGUGGACUGGCUUUCGAAUGGUUUCGUGAAUGGUGGGAGAAUAAGCACCUAAUGACGAGCGCAGGCGACCGUGAAGUCUACCAAAUCUAUCCGUUUCAUUGGGGCAACGAUGCGAUAAAUAACAGCCAAGUUUAUCUGCCAGUCGACUGUGCAGUUAAACCGUUUCCCACCGGAGCGGGGUCUAUAGAUUUCCAGCAGCAGCGAUUUUCUAUAAACGAUAAUCUCUACAAGGAAAAAUGGCAGCCUGGCGAUCCCAAAGACAGCGGCAGCGAUGACCGGUAUCCCGAGUUUUCUGUUGCCUCGAUGUCCCCGGAAGAGUGUGCGACGCAGAAUUUCGCCGGGUGCAACGACCCCGGAGAUUGUCGAACAAACGACACACGCCGUGCAUAUCAGGUAUCCGAUUACUGCGGUGCAGAUUUAAACCGUAUCCGACGGGUGGUAACGGCCAUCAGUCGGCUACCGCUUCGAGCCGUCCUCCUGGAUCUGGACGACAGCACAGUCGUGGAAUUCAAAGACUUCGCACCGAUACGUCAGCAGAUUGUCCUUUUCAAUUUCAUGAGCUGCGUCAAAGAGCGAGCGAUGCAGAAACUCCACGACCUAUAUUUGACAAAUUUAAUACAGCUCGUGACGUGCAACUGUUCCGACCUGGUAAUCACCAGAAGCGAUUUCCAAAAUUCCGUAAAACUCCGACAGAUUUUCUUCUACAAUACGACGAUCCGGGCCUUGGAGGAGAACGCAUUUAGUAAUCUGCCGUCGCUCGUAGGACUCUCGUUGGAGUAUAAUUUGCAGAAUUUGCGCACGUAUGAGGAGGAACUAGCUGAUCCUCAGUUGCCGGUUAUGUUUACGCAACGCAUCCGGGAUUAUCUCUUGCACCUGCACUGCGGAUGCGAAUUCGCCUGGUUUCGCCGAUGGUGGAGCAACAAUACGUCCCGAUUCACACAGAUAGCAGACACUGACGGAGCGUAUCAAAUAUUCUCUGCUCUCAAUAGCUUUUCCGGGUACGGAAAAUACCAGAUCCCGAUCGACUGCUCAAAACCCAUUCCAAUGGGAGCGGAGUUUAUAAAUGUUAAUCAAAGCGAAUAUUCUAUAAACGCUGUAGAAUGCUAAAAUGCUUAUCUUCCGUUAACGCAUGUUACUUAUCAAACUGAAACGUUGGCUCGUUCUUCUACUGGCUGUAUAGUACGUUAGCCGAAGUUGAUGUUGUGGAGUAAAGUUGAAGCUGCAAUACGGCGUAGGCAGUUGUUGGUAAGCACUACUACCAACUAAACAGUACUUUCUCGUAGCUUGUUAUAUAACAUUCGCUGUUAUUGGUAACUUUAU